UCAAGUCCGGUCAAUUGCUCCCUGACAUCGCACAGAAGGAGCUGGCCAGCAAAGUGGAGACUGGGUGGCCGAACUUCUCGGCCUUCAUGUAUCCCGAUAGUGAACAGAUCCGGGAGAAGCUGCUCGCGGACUUUCAUGUGUACAUCAUGUUUGAUGAGUUCUGGGGGAUGAAUGAUUUCGGCCUACUUUAUCAAUCGGAUGAGGCCGAAUUUGAAACGGGGACCACAAGAACACCACUACAGGGGCGGAUCGACGAAACCGUCGACGAAAGCGAGGAGCUCGAUAGAUUGACCGGAAACACCGCGGGCAGGGAGGUUAUUGACCAGAUGGUGCUGUUCUUCGACACUCCACCGAAGAAAAAGUACAGAACUCUGGAGGAGUUCAUCCAGUUUGUCCUAGCAUGCGCCAAAUUCAGCAUCAACUCAUCUGUCGAUAUCAACGCUCCCAAAUUGCAGAGCUUCCGUCGGUUGGUCAGACAUCACAUCAGUGUAGCUAAUGAUCUGGGGUCAUUUGAAAAGGAAAUGAAGGCGUUCCACGCGGCGAAGACAUUGUACAUGAUUAACGCCGUUCAGAUGGCCAAGGAGCUAAUCGACAUGCCUACAUACGAUCCAACGUUGGGAAUCACGCAGGCGGUUCAGAUGCAGAUUGAGACUGAUAUUGAUCAACAGAUUCACCGACUGAUGGAAGAGGAGGAUAUGACUUCUGCGGAGUGCAAGUAUAUCGAUGCUGCACUUUUUACCAUGACGGGUAAUCUUCACGCGUCUAUCGUCCUGUCUAGAUAUGGAAGCGAGAAAUGGAGACCUGAAUAG